UGGGCGGGCCCCUGGCCCUGCCAGCUCCUCAGCCUCCCCCUGCAUUCUAGAGCCCCAGCCGCUGCCUUUGCUGCUGCUGUGGCUGGGCUGCCACCUCUCCUUCUCAGCCUCUUGCCACCGCUGCCUGCCACCCCUGCCCGAAGCUUGGCUCACUUGGCCAUGCCCCUGACCCCCCCAGGGACCCUGGCCCAGCCCUGAGCUCUGGGACCCCCAGCCCUCUCCCCUGGGCCAUGGCCAACUCAGGCCUCCAGCUCCUGGGCUAUUUCCUGGCCCUAGGUGGCUGGGUGGGCAUCAUCGCCAGUACAGCCCUCCCGCAGUGGAAGCAGUCCUCCUACGCGGGGGACGCCAUCAUCACCGCCGUGGGCCUCUACGAAGGGCUCUGGAUGUCCUGCGCCUCCCAGAGCACCGGGCAGGUGCAGUGCAAGCUUUACGACUCGCUGCUGGCCCUGGAAGGGCACAUCCAGUCAGCUCGAGCCCUCAUGGUGGUGGCCGUGCUCCUGGGCUUCGUGGCCAUGGUCCUCAGUGUCAUCGGCAUGAAGUGCACCCGGGUCGGAGACAGCAACCCCAUCGCCAAGGGCCGCAUCGCCAUCUCCGGGGGCGCCCUCUUCCUCUUGGCAGGCCUCUGCACCUUGACUGCAGUCUCCUGGUAUGCUACCCUGGUGACUCAGGAGUUCUUCAACCCGAGCACACCUGUCAAUGCCAGGUACGAGUUCGGCCCUGCUCUGUUCGUGGGCUGGGCCUCUGCUGGCCUGGCCCUGCUGGGGGGCUCCUUCCUCUGCUGCACAUGCCCAGAGCCUGAGAGAGUCAACAGCAGCCCACAGCCCUACCGGCCGGGCCCCUCAGCUGCUGCCCGAGAACCAAUUCUUAAAUUGUCGGCCUCCUCCAAGGCCCCCCUGGGUGUGUAGUGUCCCAGUCCCCGCCUGACCCUGCAUCCUUGCCACACCUACACUGUGUGUGUGGCCUUGUUUUGGAAAGAGAAGUGAACGUCCAGCC